AUGCCGGGCCAAGAUGUUCUCGAAACGAACGCCACGUCGGCCGACUCGGAAUGCCGACCGGGAGGCUCAGCGCUUUUGAACGACUUGGACCGCGAUCUUGUUCGCCAUAAGGUGCUUUCAUUGCGUCAAAAGAGGCAAGCCGAAAUCUCCCACGCGGUGAGCCACACCUUCGACGGACCUGGUGCUAGAAACAGCGAUCGUCUGACUUGGAUCGGGGUCGACGAAGAUGUCGAGCACCUAGCGCCGCCGUCUUCCUCCUCAAGACUCGCUUCCUCCGACGCGUCUCGCAGCGGCAGCGACGACGACGACGAUGCGGACAGCACCAUUCUUGGCCAUUACAUUCAAGCACUUCCCCACCCGCCGCAGAAGCUUGUCCAUCUCGACCAACUCCAGAGACGUCCGCGGCCCUCCUUCGCAUCCGAAGAGACGUGCAGCAGUUCGCACGAAUCCAGCUCGCACGCCAGCUGCCGCCUGGAUGACGAUGUCGAUGUUUUCAGUCAGCACACCACCGAGACCACCGACAAUUCAUCCAGUCCGUCGUCUCGCCGCGCCUCCAGCACAAGAGCUAGCAUCGCUUCGCGGCGACUUUCGCAACAAUCCACAUCCGUGGAUCUCGCCCGGCCCGCCUCUCUUGCUCAAGCUCUGUCAAGCCCUAUUGGGCCGCCUCCCAAUAUGCCACUGCCACCCAAGCCAUUAUCCAAGACACUUACGCGUGCUCUGGCAGACAAGCACAAGUCUCGCAGGUCCAGUCGUGCGUCCGCCUCGUCAGCUGGAUCGCCUCGAUCCGCUGCAAGUGGCCCGUCCAGCUGGAAAAUGGCAGAGACGAGGCCGGUUUCAUCUCGCCUGAGACAGAUUCCAGGCGACCGCAACGACGCCCCGCAUGUCUCUGACGAGGAGAUGGACGGCCUCCGCGACACCUCCAAUCAUUUCCCUACCCCUGCGACCUCAUACCCGCCUCUUUCGUCAGAGCUGACGACCGCGCCUCGGGACGCUAAGCCGAUGCUACGCUUCUCGCCUCGCUCUAUCUCCGGGCCAUCACGAGCCACGAGCCCGACGGCGGACGGUGUGAUGUACACGUCGUCCGGUGCGUCACAUGUUCGCGAUGACCACGUCAAAUCUGCAGAAGGCGGAGGCAGCAGCGACAGUGCGCUCUCACAGGUCCUAGAUCUGACCGAGAGUAGAGGCGUUCUUGCCAUUGGCGAGCGAAUACAGCAAGCCUCUUCAGGCUCACAGACUGGCGUCUUUCAAAUCGGUCUCGGUGCUCGCACGUUGUUCCCUCACAAAUCCAAUCGGCAACGUCGAUCUACCCCGAAUGGGCCUUCACAUAAUCCAGGGCGGAAGUCGUCCAUGCACGACGUUCCACACGAUCCGGUCCAGACUUAUUCCAAACAGCAUUCGGUUCAGAGGAGGAAUCAUCAGCGAAGCGACACCAUGUCCAAGAGCAUGAGCGAACUCAUGCUUGCUCUCGACCUUGAAGCAGACGAAUGGAGAAAUGGCGUAGGCAUGACGGCUAGCGUCGACCUCCACCCCCAGCCGCAGGUCGCAGCAGCUCAGGUUUCGAGAUCACACGUCGAGGCUGGCGAAAGUAGCGCUACUGUGCCCGGCCCAGCAAAGAGCGACAGCAACACGAAAGCAGAGUUGCCCGAGUCAGAUUCCUUGCCAUCACUCAGCUCAUCUGUAUCGCAAGAGCUCUCGCUUGAUGAUUCACGUGGCCCUCCCUCGGCUGAAACCUCGUUCAUUCAUCCUAGGUCAUCAAAAAUUUCGGCUUCGUUCAGGGUCGUCGCUGACAAUGCAGACGACCAUGGCGUCAGUGCCGACCCUGUAGCCCUUUACGACUCUUGUCGGCUAUCUGACGGCACGAUGGCUUCGCAUUUCACAGCGCCUGCCCUUCGUAUCGAAGAUCCAGAAGGCGACGAGGUCGCAGACUCGGAGCUCGAGGGCGACCGUUCCUCAGAUGAGAUUCCCAGGAAACGCAGCAAACCCAGUCGUAAGAAGAGCCUCGGCUUCGAAGAUCAGCGAGCAACCUUGCGACCGCGAUCAUCUUUAUCGCAUCACUCCGCCUCUCUCACAUCUAGGCCGAGUCAGGCCUUCCGAUCCACGCUUGUCACUACCGAGGAAGAGACUGGGUCAACGUCAUUAGACAGCGCUUCGCUCAUCCGUGCAGGAGGGGACGAAGAUCCCUAUGCCUUUUACGAGUUCUCGCCUAGCUUGCCACCGUUCAUGCCAACCGGUGUGUCGCCGCGUGAUCUCACCGGCACAGGUACAUGGUCGAGCAUCGUUGCUCGCGCUUCGGACAGCCUGUGUCGCCAGCCAUCGAUCGCUUCUGUACGGUCUCUCGCCACAGCAGAGUCUGGACCCGUGUCUCUGCGAGAGAUUCGCGCCACUGCACAGGCCAAGCAAAGACACGCGGACGCUGCUCAUCGCGCGCGUGAACAUAUGUCCGACCACAUUGCGACCAUGAGCUACCGACCCUUCGCCAUUCACGACCACGCAGCUUCGUUGGCGAAGGAAGUCGACAUGUGGAAUGCUCAUCGAGCCUCUGCCUCGUCCGCCUCCGCUGUCGGUAGUCCCGAAGAAGGUGGCCGUUCAGGUCGAAGCUCGUCGAUGAGUAGCGUCUUCGCUGCGUCGAUUGCCCCGAGCGUUGGCGAUUAUGGUACACGAUGGCCUGUAGCUAUUGGAGCUGAUCAGGGGGUAGGUCCCGACGAUGCUGCUUCCCUCUACAGCUUCCAUCCUUUCUCGUUGUCGAGACGUCCCUCCGAAAGUCGACCUUCCAAAAAGGUGUACGUGGAGUUUUCGAUGCAGACAUCACCUAUGCAAUCGCCGACCGAAUCGCUCUUCCCUCCGAUCGACUCCCUCACCACCGAUGAAAAUGCUGACAGAGCAGAUGCACAGGUCGGCAGUGACGUACGAGAACCCGCGGCUUUUCCGCCUAACCGACCCUGCGGCUACUUGGUCGUCGACACUCCGCUGCGGCGUCGAAAGAGCACAGCAUCGCUUCUGAGCACACACGACCUGAGUGCUGAACUGGAUGAGCCUGGUUUGUGGCCAUCACUGAUUCGCGCUCCACGCUUAUCUUCCAUGACUCGACGAUGCAGUGAAGGCAAUCAUUUGAUCACUGCAACAAGCCGUCAAGAAGAUAGCGACGAGGAGUCGGAUCUGGAUGUCAAUGCAGAUCUCGAAGACCUUGCAGAGCAUUCAGGGAUCAUGGACGCUACGCGCGGGUACAAACGCAAGCUGCACGUGGCCGGAGUGGAGUCGACGGUCGAAGCUCAAGGGCACGGCGCAGGCCGCGCGAUUGCUUCCAUUCCAGCCCGGUCUCUUCGCAUCUCGGCCGCGUUGGAUCGCAUUCAGGCUCAACGCAUCUACCGAAGUGCAGGCUGGGAUAGCCCGGACGAUGAGGAAGAAGGCGCGAAGAUCGUGACAUCGAGAACUCCGCGAAACUCGGCAGCGACCGGCCGACCUUCGCUGCCAGGAUGCGAUUUCACGCGACCAAACGGCAUGACCGAGCCUGUGCGUAAAACCAAGUCGAUGGCAUCGAUGGCAGCCGCCAAGCGCCCACCUUUGUCCCCGUCGCUACUUCGAGCUCGAUCUCCGAGUCCUGAUUUGAGCCUCUUGACGAAUCCAAGCGACGACGAAGAGGUGCUGCUUACCGAGGACCUCGACCUAGACACAGAGGAGUUGUCUCGCGAAACCAUUUUGGACGAGGAAUUCGAUAUGAGGAUCGGUCAAGCAUUGUCCACGCAGUUUUCGAGAUCGGGCAAGGGCAUGACCCAGUCAGCCAAACCAAACGUCAGUGGCGAUCCGAUUGAUGACUCGUAUAGCGCAGUGUCGAGAAACAACGGAGGCUCUGUCGACGGUGGCAGUCUAGAGGGAGCAGAGGACAGCAAGGACUCUCAACAGACGUCGCAAUUGCCAACGCGCUCGAGGACGAGCUCGAUGAGCAGUGUGAUCGAAAUGAUCCAGGAAGCAGAUGAGCUGCUCUCCUCGACCGGACAUUCUAUUGGACACAGCUCGGGCCACGACACGAACAUCAGCGAUUCGGGAGGAACGAGCGGCCAUGAUCCUCAGCGACCCAACCAUGUUGUAGCCGAAUACAUCCGACACCGCGUUUCGAUGAGAUCGCGAGGACUUCCUACCCCAGUCACGCUUGCGGUCGCGCGAUCGACGCGGUUCAACGAACCUGCACCGGACAAGAAGCCUUCAGCUUUCGAGGUAGACGAGGAGACUGCUGAUUUCGAGGGCAAGGACUUGUCGCCAAGCCUUCAAGAUACACCGGACACAACGGCCGGAUCGGAAAUCUGGAGCAGCUUCCACGCAGAUCGAUCAAGCACCGUUUCCACUGCGACGACGCGCUCCAGCGGCAGCACCGUGGAGAUGUCGGCUGCAGCUCGAACAGUCUCGAACACAAUCGCGCUCGCAAACCUCGAUAAACCUCAGUCGAAUGAAACGUUGUCAGCUGCUGCAAGUAUCACUCAGAUGGAGAAGCGAGCUCCGUUCGUGGCCUCGACAACGCGGGUCAUUCCGAUCCUACGCAGGAAGAGCAGCGGUCUGCCUGUAGCACGCGCUAGUGUGCUGAAACAAUCACGGCCUUCUCUUCCGCUUCCAUCCAAAUCGAUUCCGCCGGAGAGUCCUGUUGGCAAUGCCAGUGCAAAUACACCGCCAAAGCCGGCAAUUCGACGAUAUCAAAGUGUCGCAAGCCUGCAGACCAGCAGAGACCCGACAGAUUCGAGGAAGCCGGCUGGCUACGGGAGCGUACGGAACAUGGCACGCUAUAGCGACACGUCCCGUGCAACGCCGUCCAAAUCGGUGCAUGCUAAUGGCGGAAGCAUCACACCGUCAAAAUUGCCAAGUUUGAGGUCCACGGCGAGCACCACUGAAACGCUGCGUUCGCGAUCAGCUUCGGAACAGGGCUCGGGUGGGAGCAAGAUCGACCCGAGGUUGCAAAGUCCGAUUGCAUCUGGGCGAAGUAGGAUCCCAUCGAGGAACGGCGUGCGCGCGAGUGGCCUGCCACGACCUGCGCAUGAUGGCUGA